GAACGAGCCACUUCAACGAGUAUGGCAUGCAACUCCCAAGGCCUUGCCCCUCGUAAACUCGAUGCUCUAUGACGAAACCAAAUAUUAAUGCUUCGUCUAUGUCUAACCCUCACUUGCUGCAACUCACGCUGCCAAGUGGCAUUUCACACAGGCAUUGAUCGGCAGGCGCUCGAGUCCAUCAACAACACAUUGUGCAGCAGCUUGAAAGUCCCCUUAGAAUACUCCGUUGCUCAAGCAGGGUUAAAAUAUGCCUUAACUAGUGGGAAUCAAGGCUGCACAGUGAAAAGGACUUCUCCCCGAAAAAAGAAAGUUGUUGACGCAUACAAACAGACCAAUAUGAUGGGACAGCGAGCAGGAUGGACGGCUCCUCUAUGGCCAGCUGACCUUGCUUAUCUCUCGACCAUGGGACAGAGCCGUUUCCAUCGACCACUUGCAUAAAGCACACAUACUAUGGCACCUCGAUGGCAUUUAUACGAGUGGGUUUGAUGGCAGAAGCAAAGGGAGAAAUCAUCCAGCAUUCCAGCACCGAGACGACAUGAGCCAGACUCGACGCACAAAGUCCAGCGGUAACUGUGCAUGCGUUUGACCUUCUUGCUGUCCUAGGUGGAUAUAGUCAUGCGGUUCGGAGGUUUGGAGGAUUCCAUAUUGUCUCCUCCAUUUCCACAUGGCCAACUCUUCUAUGAGGGCUUGCUAACUGACUUACCCCAGGUUUCUUCGGCCUCGUCUCCCUCGGGGGCCAGGGCAUAAUUUGAUACAUAAACUCCAUACCAAGCAGUAGCCAACUAGGAGGCUAACUAUACGGGCACUCCACUCGGUAUCCGCCUACCCGACCCUGCUCUCCCGUACCGUCUCGGGGUGUAUCAUUCGCUGGCUUGCUCUCAAGCCUUU